CUGAGCUUAAGUAGUUCCCACUUCUCGGUUUUCCUCAUUGUUAGAGAUUUGGAAAUUUGUGUUUGCCAAUUCUGAGUUUCAGCUCGCAGUCUUGGUCGGAUUGCGUCGCCUUUCUCGCGAGGUCGUACUCGAUUGAAUCGAGAAAGACAUAGCCAGAGGUCGAUCGGCUCUGCUGGGGGCACCCCUCGCAUCUUCGGGGGCGUAGUCUAUGGCCAAGAUGGAGAAUGGCUGCAGGGGUAAGAAACAUGCAUUGGUUCUUCCCAUUACAAUGCAGGCUCACAUCGCGGGAAUUCUCAGGCUUUGCACAGAUCUGGCGACAAGAGGUGUGGCCAUCAGCUUCGUGGCUGGGGCAAGGGAAGUUGCAGUCCUGAAGGAGAACGAAGAGCUGCGAGAGCUGGACUUCCACCUCAUCUCCUACGAGGACUUCGCGCCCUCUGGCGGCUCUGAACAACUCCAUGAGAAGUUUAACAAUCCUUUCGAGUUCAUUGCUGUUGCACAAAAGGUCUUCGAUCCAGUUUUAGAAAAGCUGGUAGCUGAUCAGAGGGCAGGACUUCCAGGGCCUACGUGCCUCAUCUCCGACAGGUUGUUGGCAUUUGCACAGGACGUAGCGAACGAGUUGAACAUUCCUCACUAUCAGUUCUAUAGCUGCGGGGCACACUUCGUUCGAAUCCUACAGGAGUAUCCGAAGCUGUUGGCCGACGGUACAUUGAAGCUGCACGAAGAUUUUAGGACUGGCAAGGUAUCCAUAGCAGAAUAUGAGGGCCAUUUGAACAUAGCAGGUCUUCCACCUCUACGAUGGAAAGAGAUUCUGAACCCAAUCAAGUUGGGUCUGCAAAUGUUUCUGGACGUGGCAGACAGAAUUGACGAAGUGGACGGUCUGAUUGUAAACACUUUCUACGAGAUGGAUGCCCCGCAGGUGGACGCGAUAAGGCAGAGGUGGGAGGGAGAUCCUCAAGGUAAGACUAGGCAACUAUUCCUGGUCGGGCCUCUGUCGAAUGCCGCCAACUUCAAGGAUCAGUCGUUUGUAUCAGACUCGAGUCGUCCGGGCCAUGAUUGUUUGCAGUGGCUGGAUAGUCGACAGCCUGACUCGGUGUUGUACAUAUGCUUUGGCAGUCUAGUACGCUUCACAAUUGAACAGAUCCACGAACUCGCUAUCGCUCUGGAGGCUAGUGGGCAUGAUUUUCUCUGGGUUCUUUCCCGAGGCUUUAGCGGUAAGCCUUUCUCUGACUUGGACGAAAUUCUCCCUCCCAACUUUCGAUCACGCACGAGAGACAGAGGCCUGAUUCUCGACGGAUGGGUACCGCAGCUCCACGUUCUGUCGCAUCCUUCUACUGGAGGCUUCGUUACACAUUGUGGCUGGAAUUCUGCGAUAGAGGGCGUAACGACGGGCGUGCCGAUGAUAGCUUGGCCUCAGCUGCCGAACGACCAGGGUACAGUCUGCAGGCACCUUGUGGAUGAGCUGAAAAUUGCAGUGGAAGUCGGCGGGAGUGGCAAAUUCAAUUUCCUUUAUGACGCAGAAAUCCAGUCCGUAGUCAGAAACCUCGUCGGACGUGAGGAAUUAGAGGACGCGGUGAGGUUUCUUCUAUCAGAACAGGGAAACGACAUGAGGGCCAGAGUCCGGGAGCUGAAGAAGAGAGCAGAUGCCGCUGUUGCAGAAGGCGGAGCAAGAGGGAAGGCGAUGGAUGACAUCGUACAAUCCAUCCCCACUCACAACUGAGUUGCAGGAUCCCGCUCCGCUGUCUGCACCAGGCUGCCAUACACUUCGCGGUUCUUUCCAUUCAUCUGCAGUCGUCACCCAGACGAUGUUUGCUGCCUUCUCCGGUUUCUGCUUAUUCAUUGGAAUUGUCAGAGGAAGACGUAGAGGUUUUCCGGGACACGACGAUAGGACUUUUGAAAAAAAAAAUCUCUAUUGUGGGGUUCUGUUCUGUCAUUGUAGUUACGAUUUUUUUCACUCUCGUCUCGAAUGAACUGGCGAACCUUAGUUCUCAAGUUGCACUUACAGUAAUUGUCUAGAGUGCAGCUUCCGACGUUACUUUCAAUCAGUACUGGCACAUGUAGCAUCAACAGUUAACUUUGAUUGUGAGUACAUACUAUUUUCGCUUUGAUAGUGAGUACUUAGAAUCUUCGCUUGAGAAACUUUCAUGAACUACGAUUGCAGUGCCCUGAAAUUAGGACCAUGCUAUAUGAUAUUUUAUUUCUAUAUGAUCGAAUCUGGAGGUUAUACGCCUG